AAUACUUUGGGUCAGACUGGGAGGUGGGUCUGUGCUGGACAUUAUCGGGCGAACCAGGACAGGGCCCUUUACUCAAUGACUGAGCCAUGGCUGGAACUGGGAGGCGAGCCACACCAGGGCAAUAUGGACACCAUUUGACAGAUGGUUUGGGCCGUUCAGCGCUUUCCCCCGGCUCCGUCGAGUCCCUGAGUUUGGAAGCUUACGAUAGGACAACCCCAGAGAUUCACCGAGCAGUGAAAAAACCCUUCAGGCGACCGGACAGAGGAGCCAUUGGGAAAUCUCGCAGCUACAAAGCAGAUGCCAGAGAUUCCAAUGGGAAUAACUCGGAGAACAUUGGGUUUAUCCCGGGCACGGCGGGCAGCUCGGAGCACCUCGAUGGUUGUGGCGGGUGUGUGUCCCGCGUCUGCUCCAUGUGGCAGACACUGAGAGCUGCUGUGUGCUGCGUGGUGACGUGUGGGGUCUGCAGAGGGGAUUAUGUUCCUUGCAUCGAGAGCUCAGAAUCUUCCACUGACGGGAAGCACGUUGAAAACCACGGACCCAGGUAUACGAACCCCACAUGUGGAAUCCCCCUAAACCCGGCACCCAGCCAAAACAAACCCAACCUGGGAGGCAGCAGCUUCAAUUAUUAUGACGUGAAGUUUCGGGGGCAACAGAUUCCGUGGCGUGUGGGGAGCAGGUCCACAGACUCCUGCCAUAAGGACGCGACUACGUGUAUCUCUGGGAAGUCGGAGAGCCCCGUGAGCACACUCCCCUCCUGUGACAAGCUCGCCUCAGACGAGUUCCCCUCCUAUUUCGACGAGGACCUAGAGAAUAAUACUCUGAACGUCUCGAUGUCCAGCGCCGAGCUGGAUGAUUACAUUAAUAAGAAGCUGCUGGAGCUCUUCAGUAUGCACCAGAUAAACAUGUUGGCUCAGUGCACCUCCGACACCACCUUCAUCAGUAAGAGCAGCGAGAUAACCGAGCUGAUCGACAGCAUCACCAAGGACUACAAGAUCGACGAGAAAGUGGCCGAGUGCCGCAUUGUAACUGGCAUUGUCCGCAUCAGCACACGCAAAGCCAAGAAGAAACCCAAGGUCCUGGAACCAGAAGUGAUCGAGGUCAAAGCCGCUCCCACCACUCCGACCUGAAAACCCAGAUCAGCGAGUUCCACAAUAGCACAGAUGACCUGACUCUGAAGAUCUCGGUGGAGGACUCGUUGGACGUUAUAGUGCGGAACAUGCCACAGACUCUUAGAGGAUCGCGCUCUCCUAAAGAUGAGUCUCUUCAGGACACGGAGACGGACUCCUCCGGAGCACCACUGCUCCAUGUGUAAUUAGCCACCACAUACACCCACCACCGGGAACAAAGGAAUCUGAAAGCCAUGGGAUGAGGAUCCACAAGCUACUGAAAAUAGAUAUAAUAGACUCCAUCGCUGCUUCCCAGGGUGUGAGAGAACAUCUCUAUGAAUAGAGGAGCCCUGCACCUUGGUUCCGCGGGGCUGCAAAUGCUGUGUCUGAGCUGUUGCACGGAGCAGACCCGGUCCCAGUCACGCCGGUUGUGUCUUGGAGCCUGUUACAAGAACGAUGCCUUACUUCUGGUGACCCAGCCAGAGGGCUGUGUCCAGGAAGUGCCUGGAGGAGAGGACUGCAAGAGGGGAGUGGGACAGCCGGGGGCGGAGGGAGAGAAGCGUUGUAAAUAAUUGAUGAAAUUUUCUGUCUGGUACUGGGGGAGGGGCUGCUGGGGUCCAUUGAGAUUGUACAGUUUCUUUAACCUCCAGAAGCUAGGAGGUUUUUAAUUUGGUGCCUUUUAUUUUAAAGCAGGAAUUCUAACUCCACCUGGAAUGUGGAAAAUAAUGUACCACUGAAACCUUCAAUAAAAGCUAAGCUUUCA